AUGUUCAACUGGCAACGAGAAACCAAAGCAAGUUCUACCGUCAAGCAACAAAAGAAAGAAGGAAGCAGACAAACUGCAAAGCUUCUCAAUAUCAAAGGGUUGCAUGGUAAGCGUUUGGAAAUUAUUCAUUGUCGUGGAACAUCAGCACAACCAACUCACCAAAUUCUAACGAAAGAACUUCACUCCAAAGUCGAUCUGAGAUCACACUCCAAAAAUAACUGA